UGUUUGCGGAAGUAAAUAGAAAACUGAAGCGCACGUUCAGUUCAGCUGAAAAAAGUUUUCUGAAGUUUUAGUGAGGAAAAAGUACCUCAGUUUUAAUCCUACAAUGUGUUCAGUCCAAAGUAUGAGACGGUUUGUCUGUGAUCGGCUCACUGCGGCUGCUCAAGAAAUAUUGGGAGCCUUUGAAAGUAAAAUAGAAGGUUAUGAGGCAGAAAUUGCUCGUCAACGCAGACUGUUGGAUGCCGUUUUGACACCCGAGAUAAAGUUACACCGGACAGAGCUUUCACUGACACCUGUCCAUAAGGUAGAGCAGGAGGAGGUUCAGCAUCAGCAAAGUUCCAGUUUGGUCCCACAAGAUCCUCCACCAAUUAAAGAAGAACACGGGGAAAUGUGCAUCAGUCGGGAACAACCACAGCUUGCACAACAACAGGAGACUGAAGCCUCUAAGUUGACUCCAACUUGUGAGGGAAGUGUACACAGUGACCAGUCUCACCCUUUGGACCCUGGUCAAACGGAGGGGACUCUGAAUAAAGAUUCUCAAUCCAGCACCUCAAGCAACGAUUUAUUAUCUGGAUCUGACAGGGAGAGCUCUCCAGCACCCGGCACUGACCACCAACUCCUCUCCCACACCUCUUGUGUGAGAGAUGAGAGCCACGAUCUCAUAACUUGCAACCAUGGAAGUGAAACACCAACUAGACUUAACAAUAAAAGCAAUGAAGAGAACACAAAAUUAGCUACAAGAACUGAGGAAGCAUCAAUUAAGAAACAUAACAAUGAGAUGCCAACAUCAAGUGGAAAAAGGGAGCCAAUGCUUAAUAAGAAACAUCAUAAUAAGAACACAAUGUUAAUCACAAGUACUGAGACAACACCAGAAAAGAUUGGUGAUGGAAACGCAAAAUCCAAUGAAGGUUCUGAGCCAACACCAAAAAAGAAACCAGAUAGUGGAAAAACAACAUCAGCUAAAAGUACUGAGCUAACACUCCAUAGUAAAGACAACAAUGAGAACACAACAUCGAGUGAGAAACCAACAUUAAAAGAAAAUAGUAAGCCAACACUAAAUAAGAAAAGCCAAGGUGGGAGACCACCCUCAACUGGAAGUGUUGAACCAACACCCAAAAAGAAGACAACAUCACCUACAAAGGUUGCACCAACACCCCAUAAGAAAUGCAACGAUAAGACCAGAGGGACUAGAGGCACCGAGCUAACACCAAAUGAGAAAUGUAAUGAUGACGACCCAACAUCCAAGGGAAACAGUGAGCCAACACCAACUACAAAAAGCAAAGAUGAGAUAGCCACCUCUCCUGGAAGUGUUGUGCCAACAUUAGUAAGUAAGAAAAAUGACAAUGGGAAGACCACAUUAGGUAAAUAUACUGAACCAACACCAAAUAGGAAAUGUAAUGAUACGAAUACAACAUUAACUAGAGGCACAGAGUUAACACCAAAUGACCAAUGUAAUGAUGAGGACAUGACCUUUAAUGAAGGUACUGAGCUAAUUCCAAAUGAGGACUGUGAUGAUGACCCAACAUCAAAGGGAAACCGUGAAUCAGCACCAAAUAAUAGAAGCAAAGAAGGGAGACCAACUUCACCUGGAAGGGUUGAGCCAUCACCAAAUAAGAAUUAUAACAAUGAGAAGACAACAUCAGCUAAAAGAACUGAUCCAACAGCAAAUACGAAACCCAAUGAUGGGAAAGCAACAUCAACUUCAAGUACUAAACCAGCACCAAAUAAGAGAAGCAAAGCUGGGAAACCAACCUCACCUGGAAGUGUUGAGCCUUCACCAAGUAAGAAAUCUAACAAGACAACAUCAGCUAAAAGUAGUGAUCCCACGCCAAAUAAGAACAAGACCACAGCCUCAACCAGCGGCACAGAGUUAACACCAAAUAAGAAACCUAACAAUGGAAAAACAAUGUCUACAAGAAGCAUGGACUCCUCACCACGUAAGAGACCAAACGAUGGGAGCACAGCAUCGGCUUCAAGUGCUGAAACUACACCAAUUAAGAAACCUAACAAGGGUAGCACAACAACAAAUGGAAGUACUGACCAAACGUCCAAAAAAAGACAAAAGAACGAGAAGACAACAUCAACCAGAAGCGCAGAGCAAACACAAAGUGAGAAAAGUGACAUUGAGAGCACAGCAUCUAGUGCAGGUACUGUCCCGCCACCAACAAUGAAAUAUAGGAAGACAUCAGGCGGUACAGAGGAUGACAAAAACCCUUUCAAAUGUGACAGAUGCGGUAAAGUGACGACUAAUUUCAAAAACUACAAAUUCCAUAUGAAAUCCCACACUGUUGAAAAGAAAUACAAAUGCGACACGUGUGGGAUAAUGUUCAGGGAGAGUUGGGAUUUGAAUAAACACAUGAUAGUCCACUCUGUUGAAAAGCCUUUCAAAUGCAAGGUUUGCGGAAAUGGAUUUAACCGGCGUUAUAAUCUCGACCUGCAUCUUCGGGUUCACUCUGGGGAAAAGCCGUACAAAUGCAACACCUGUGACAAAAGCUUCAGUGCAUUAGUGAACAUGAAGAAGCACAUGAGAAUUCACACAGGUGAGAAGCCGUACACAUGCAGCGACUGCGGGAAGGAGUUUGCAGAUUCGUCGUCUUUCAAAAAUCAUCAGCGGGUGCACACGGGGGAAAAGCCCUUCAGGUGUUCCUUUUGCAAGAGAAGAUUUGCUACCAGAACGACGUUGAGAAGGCACACCAGAACACACACAGGUGAAAAGCCAUACACGUGCGAUGUGUGUCACAAGGCGUUUAGUUAUAGGACAGACCUGAAAGGACACAUGAGGAGACAUACUGGGGAGAAGCCUUACAAAUGCAAUACUUGUGAAGAACAGUUCUCCACUUGGACAAAACUCAACAAACACAAGAAUGUACACACAAGUGAUGCACAAAGCUCCACUGCUUAAAAACCUGUCAGCAUUCGAUAUACCAUGCUUACAAUAAAAGUAAAUUAUUUGCACUUCAAGUAGUAGUUCACUAAGUUGAAUUGCUACUGCUAUUUAAUGCUAAGGAGUACUCAACCGAGUUACGAUUAUUUAU